AUGGCUCCCAAGGGCACCAAGUACUCCGUCAUCCUCCCUACUUACAAUGAGCGGAGGAACCUCCCUAUCAUAUGCUGGCUCCUGGAGCGGACAUUUCGAGAGAACAACCUAGAUUGGGAGGUCAUCAUCGUCGACGACGGCUCCCCCGACGGCACCCUCGAGAUCGCCAAACAGCUCCAAAAUGUCUGGGGCGCCGAACACAUCGUCCUCAAGCCUCGUGCUGGUAAGCUCGGUCUUGGAACUGCAUAUGUUCACGGGCUGCAGUAUACCACCGGAAACUUCGUUAUAAUCAUGGACGCCGACUUCAGCCACCACCCCAAGUUCAUCCCCGAGAUGGUUCGCAUUCAAAAGGAGACAGACGCCGAUAUCGUCACCGGCACGCGCUACGCCUCCCGCGAUAACAUUCAGGGUGGUGUGUUUGGAUGGGAUUUAUUCCGGAAGUUCACCUCGCGGACGGCGAACUUGAUCGCGGACGUGAUGCUCAUGCCGGGUGUUAGUGAUUUGACGGGCAGCUUCCGGUUGUACAAGAAGAGCGUGUUGGACAAGGUGAUCCAUAGCACGCAGAGCAAAGGAUACAGUUUCCAGAUGGAGAUGAUGGUUAGGGCGAAGGCGAUGGGAUUCAAGGUUGCCGAGUGCCCGAUUACCUUCGUUGACCGACUGUACGGAGAGAGUAAGCUCGGAGGCUCCGAAAUUGUGGAAUAUCUGAAGGGAGUCUUCAACCUUUGGCUGAGGGUUUGA